AUGAACGGGGAGCAGCAGCUGGAUGCAGAUGCUGGGUCUGGUGUGGAAGAGGUGGAGUUAAGCUGGGAAGAUUAUCUGGAAGAGACGGGGUCCACAGCAGUUCCCUAUGGAUCUUUUAAACAUGUGGACACACGUUUGCAGAAUGGCUUUGCUCCUGGGAUGAAACUGGAGGUGAUUGUGAAAAAAGAUCCUGAAAUCUACUGGGUUGCCACCAUCAUUACCACCUGUGAGCAGCUGCUCCUCCUCCGCUACGAUGGCUAUGGAGAGGACCGGCGAGCGGACUUCUGGUGUGACAUCAGGAAGGCUGACCUCUACCCCAUCGGGUGGUGUGAGCAGAACAAGAAGACCCUCGAAGCUCCGGAAGGCAUCAGAGACAAGGUGUCGGACUGGGAGGAGUUCCUGCGGCAGACUCUGAAGGAAGCCUGUAGUCCUCCUGUCCCGCUGCUUGAGGGCCUCCGUAACGGGAGGAAUCCUUUAGAUCUCAUUGCUCCAGGAUCCAAGCUAGAAUGUCAAGCUUUCCAGGACACUCUGAGCACUUGGGUUGUUACUGUAGUAGAAAACAUUGGGGGAAGGCUGAAGCUCCGUUAUGAAGGACUUGAAAGUUCUGACAAUUUUGAACAUUGGUUGUAUUACUUGGAUCCAUUUCUUCAUCACGUUGGUUGGGCAGCUCAACAAGGAUAUGAACUCCAGCCCCCAUUAGCCAUCAGGCAUCUGAAAAAUGAAACUGAGUGGCAAGAGAUCUUGGCCAAAGUGAAAGAGGAAGAGGAAGAGCCAUUACCAUCUUAUUUAUUUAAGGACAAACGAGUGAUUGGUACACAUUCAUUCUCUGUCAAUAUGAAAUUGGAAGCUGUGGAUCCGUGGUCUCCUUUUGGGAUCUCUCCUGCUACAGUUGUUAAGGUUUUUGACGAGAAGUACUUUCUGGUGGAAAUGGAUGAUUUGCGACCAGAGAAUCAUGCAAGGCGAUCCUUUGUGUGUCAUGUCGACAGUCCUGGCAUUUUCCCUGUGCAGUGGAGCCUGAAGAAUGGUUUACACAUCACGCCCCCUCCUGGCUACCCUGGCCAGGACUUUGAUUGGGCCGACUACCUCAAACAGUGUGGUGCUGAAGCUGCUCCCCAGAGGUGCUUCCCUGAGUCAGUUUCUGAGCACGAGUUUAAGGAGCACAUGAAGCUGGAGGCGGUGAACCCCCUGCUCCCUGAGGAAGUGUGCGUGGCCACCGUCAGUGCUGUGCGCGGCUCCUACCUGUGGCUCCAGCUGGAGGGUUCUAAGAAGCCAAUACCUGAAUGUAUAGUGAGUGUGGAAUCCAUGGAUAUAUUUCCUUUGGGCUGGUGUGAAACCAACGGCCAUCCCCUCAGCACUCCUCGUCGAGCACGAGUACACAAACAAAGGAAAAUUGCCGUGGUUCAGCCUGAAAAACAAAUGCCAUCCUCGCGGACUGUCCAUGAGGGCCUGAAGAGUCGGGAGCUGAACUCCACAGACUCUGUUAUGAUUAAUGGAAAAUAUUGCUGUCCAAAGAUAUACUUCAACCACCGUUGCUUCUCAGGGCCAUAUCUUAAUAAAGGACGAAUCGCUGAGCUGCCUCAGUGUGUGGGACCUGGAAACUGUGUGCUGGUCCUCAGAGAGGUCCUCACCUUACUUAUCAAUGCAGCUUACAAACCCAGCCGUGUCCUUCGGGAGCUGCAGCUGGACAAAGACUCUGUGUGGCAUGGAUGUGGGGAAGUCCUCAAAGCCAAAUACAAAGGAAAGAGUUAUCGGGCUACUGUGGAGAUAGUGAAGACAGCAGAUCGGGUGACUGAAUUCUGCCGGCAAACUUGUGUCAAACUGGAAUGCUGUCCCAAUCUGUUCGGUCCACGGAUGGUUCUGGAUAAGUGUUCUGAGAAUUGCUCUGUACUUACAAAGACCAAAUAUACACACUAUUAUGGGAAGAAGAAAAGCAAAAGAAUUGGGAGGCCGCCUGGUGGACACAGUAACUUGGCAUGUGCCCUGAAAAAAGCCAGUAAGAGGAGAAAGAAGCGGAAAAGUGUUUUUGUUCAUAAGAAGAAGCGCUCCUCUGCAUCUGUUGAUAACACCCCGGUGGGCUCUCCUCAGGGAAGUGGGGGUGAAGAUGAGGAUGACCCCGAUGGAGAUGACGAUUCUCUAAGUGAAGGCAGUACUUCUGAGCAGCAGGACGAGCUACAGGAAGAGUCAGAAAUGUCAGAAAAAAAGUCAUGUUCCUCUUCUCCUACCCAAAGUGAGAUAUCCGCAUCACUGCCUGCAGACAGACAAAGGAGGAAACGGGAGCUCCGGUCCUUUUCAUUUUCUGAUGAUGAGAACAAGCCUCCUUCACCAAAGGAAAUCAGGAUUGAAGUUGCUGAAGGGCUACACCUGGACAGUAACCCCCUGAAGUGGAGUGUGGCGGAUGUGGUGCGGUUCAUCAGAUCCACCGACUGCGCUCCGUUAGCAAGAAUAUUCCUAGACCAGGAAAUUGAUGGACAGGCCCUGCUGCUCCUUACCCUUCCCACCGUUCAAGAGUGCAUGGACUUAAAAUUAGGUCCUGCCAUCAAACUUUGCCAUCAUAUAGAGAGGAUCAAGUUUGCUUUUUAUGAGCAGUUUGCCAACUGA